AUGGAGGAUGGUGAAAAGGAACAGGUAGCAGAAUUUGUAUAUAGUCUUGCUGUAUGGCGCCUUGAAGGCAAUCAAGGUGUAGAAACUGUGGGGCCAAAACUUAGAUAUGUUUGGGAAAAGUUGCCAUCUCUAGACUUUGGGAAAGUAGUCAUCAAGGGAAUGUUUUGGCCUUUGGGAGUUGCAGAUAUGGUUCUAUUUCUAUCCACACAGACAGCAGGAGUUGUGUUAGGAAUGGGGUUUUAUGACAUUGGUUGGGAAAGAAUGGAACAUGCAACACUUUCAUGCCUCAAGGAACAUGCAAAGCAAGACAUUUUGCCUUCCAAAUCAGAAGCUAAUGUCCAAAACACAACAAACCAUGUUGUAUAUGCACCAACUUCAGCAUCUCCAUUUCUCAGUCCCACAAAAUCCCACCCCAAAGUUGUGUAUCCUUCCCCUGAUGAUCAGGCUCAAGAUGAAUUGCACAGAUGGCCUACUCUUAAUGAGGCCAUAGCAGAAAUCAAGGCAAUAGGGAUGGUAUCAGGUCCAACAGCCAUCACUGGUUUAGUCAUGUAUUCAAGAGCUAUGAUCUCUAUGAUUUUCCUUGGCUAUCUUGGUGAGAUGGAACUAGCCGGAGGAUCUCUCUCUAUUGGUUUUGCCAACAUCACUGGCUACUCUGUGAUCUCUGGAUUAGCCAUGGGGAUGGAGCCAAUUUGUGGACAAGCUUAUGGAGCAAAGCAAUGGAAGCUACUUGGCUUGACACUGCAGAGAACUGUGCUCCUUCUCCUCUCAACAUCCAUCCCCAUCUCAUUCAUGUGGCUCAACAUGAAGAGAAUCCUCUUGUGGUCAGGCCAAGACCACGAAAUAGCAUCAGUGGCACAAACUUUCAUCGUUUUCUCUAUACCUGAUCUAUUCUUGCUCUCGCUUCUCCAUCCUCUAAGAAUCUAUCUCAGGACUCAAAGUAUCACAUUGCCAUUGACAUAUUGCUCAACAAUCUCUGUUCUUCUCCACGUGCCUCUGAAUUUCCUCCUAGUGGUUCAUCUCAAGAUGGGAAUUGCCGGGGUGGCUACGGCAAUGGUGGUGACCAACCUCAACCUCAUUCUCUUCCUCUCGUCUUUUGUCUACUUCUCCGGUGCAUACAAGGCCUCAUGGGUUCCCCCCAGUGUGGACUGCAUCAAGGGGUGGUCCUCAUUGCUAUCACUUGCAGUUCCAACCUGUGUCUCAGUUUGCCUUGAGUGGUGGUGGUAUGAGUUCAUGAUAAUGCUGUGUGGCCUUUUGGCGAAUCCAAAAGCAACCAUUGCUUCAAUGGGAAUCCUUAUCCAAACAACAUCUUUGGUCUAUGUGUUCCCAUCAUCACUCAGCCUUGGUGUUUCCACAAGAAUAGGGAAUGAGCUAGGUGCAAACAACCCUGGAAAAGCAAGAGUUUCAAUGAUAGUGUCACUCUUCUGUGCUGUGGCAUUAGGUCUUGCAGCCAUGCUGUUCACCACCUUGAUGAGGCACCAAUGGGGCAGAUUCUUCACCAAUGAUCAUGAGAUUUUGGAACUCACAUCACUAGUGCUGCCAAUUGCUGGCCUUUGUGAGCUUGGGAACUGCCCACAGACCACAGGCUGUGGAGUCCUAAGGGGCAGUGCAAGACCUACUAUUGGUGCCAACAUCAAUUUGGGCUCAUUUUACUUGGUGGGUAUGCCAGUGGCUAUCCUUCUGGGCUUUGUGGCCAAAAUGGGGUUUGCAGGGCUGUGGCUUGGGUUGCUUGCAGCCCAAGUCUCCUGUGCUGGCAGCAUGCUCUAUGUUCUUUGCAGAACAGAUUGGAAUGUGGAAGUAGAAAGAGCCAAGGAACUCACAAAAAUAACAUCCACAACAACUACCACUUCUUGUUCUGCUGCUUCUGAUUCUAACUUUAAAUUACCUACACUCACCAAAAAAGAGGCUAACAUUAACAAGAAUGCUCAUGCCUGUCUUGAAGAGAUAGUUAUUACUGCUGGUGGUGAUGACCUUACCAAUAUAUCUUCACUUGAAACAGAUCCACUGAUCAUUCCCACCACCAAACACACUCAAGUUUAG